UAACAGGUGGAAAAGUGAGCGAGAAGUCACGUGACGUAAACAAAGCUCCUUAUCGGCAUUUGCAUCUUGUGGAAUGAAUAACUCGGGAGUUUAUAACAGUAUUUAUUCAUCAUUAAGCAAUACUUAUGUUAAAUAUCAUCCAGAAAAAUCAAAACGAGAAGGCACUGAUGGUAAUGACACUGAUAAUGAUGUGUUCCGUAGUGGAUCAGAGUCACCACAAUACACACUACCAAUAAAUACUGAUCCUAAACAAAGGCGAGCUACAGUUAGUGGUGGUUCACCCACAUUAGAACGACCAUCAUUAGUUAUAGAAGAUCUUGAUCCGCCGACUAGACCCAAAUCACAAGCUAUCAAUGCUGCAGAGAGAGAUGCUGCCCUAGCGGCACUAACCGCAGCUGAAAGUAAUCUGACUAAUUUAGCAGGACAUAGAAAGAUAUCUCGUAUGAGAUCUAAUGAAUUUCCACAAACUAAAUCUAGUUUAACAGUACCUGAUCAGUUCCAAAUACGACCUGAUGUUACUUCUCCUGAAGAACCCUUUGAAGAUUUAAUUGAUGAAGACAAGACACCAACUAGUCCAAGUUCUAUGAUGAAUUCUGAAAAUAUUCAAAUACUAGGAGAGAAAGAUAAGCGACAUGGAUUCCGCGUGACAAAGCCUACACCAAUAGUAAUUGAUCUACCGGACACAGAUCAAAUUCAACGUCUCUCAAAACAAAGUGUGCUAGAUUGCGAAUUAGCAGAUGCUAUUCUUCCAAAAGACCAGCCACAACUCUUAAAAGUGAAAAAGAUAGACCCUUCAAUACCAAGUGAUGUGAAGAACAGUGAUGAAGUAAAGAAAGACCCACAAACUAAGAGAGUUGAAUUUUCAUCUGAUACAAAAGAUGAAGAAAAAGAAAUACAAGGACCCAUUAGUUACACACAUUUAAUAAUUGGUGGAGUUGUUCAGAAAAUACCUUCAGAUCAGACUCAGAAUUAUACUUGUACAGAGUCACCCACUGUAAGAUUACGGAACAAAGCACCAGGAAAAAGACUUGCUGAUAGAAGAAUAUCAUGUAAAGAUUUAGGCAAAGGUGAUUGCGAAGGUUGGCUUUAUAAAAGAAAAACUAAAGACAGAGGACCAUUAACAAAAAAUUGGGUGAAGAGAUGGUGUGUUUCUAAAACCAACAUCCUUCACCUUAUUUCUAUCUGCCAGAAUAAUAUCCGUGUUUUCUAUUUCUAGCUGAUAGAAGAAUAUCAUGUAAAGAUUUAGGCAAAGGUGAUUGCGAAGGUUGGCUUUAUAAAAGAAAAACUAAAGACAGAGGACCAUUAACAAAAAAUUGGGUGAAGAGAUGGUGUGUUUCUAAAACCAACAAUUUAUAUUAUUUUAAAGAAAAAAAUGAUUUAAAAGCAGAAGGUGUUAUACAUCUAUUGGCUUUUCAAGUUUCCCCUGCGACAGAUAUAAAAACAAAAAAAUUUGCUUUUAAAGUUCAUAAUGCUGGGACAACAUUUUAUUUUGCCUCUGAACGUCAAGAAGAUAUGAGCAAAUGGAUGAAUAAAAUGGGUUUAGCAGCUAUUAAUUAUGACACAAGUAAUAUAAUGACAACUGGUGGAUUUAUAAAACCAGAACCAACAGUUAAGGCACAAGGUUAUGGUGUUCAAAAUGUGUAUUAUAGUGAGAGUGAAGAUGAUGAUGAUAAUGAACUUGGUACAUCAUCUACUGUCUCUGGUAGUUGUUUAUCUUUAGCUAGUGCCACAUCAAAAGAUAGUAUAGCUACCUUAACACCAUCCUCUGUACAAAACUCACCUGAGAAAUAUUCUAUUAAUAAAGCUGAUGAAGGAAGGGAUGAUUUAGCAGUGAUGAUUAGAAAUAUACGGAAAUCUGAACUAACUAUAGAUGGUGUUGAUCGUAAUAAAACCCGUCGAAGUCAAAUACAAUCUUCAGAUUUAUUAACAGCUGCACCAUCAGCAGAAUUAGAUAAGCUCCGCAAACUUAAAUCACUCCAUAGAACACUCAAGGCAAAGGAACAUGACUUGAAUGAAAUAGAAAUGUUUUUGAAAGAUCCUGUUGUUACUCCAGACAAAUUACGUCAGUUUCAAGAUCAACAUAAAGAGCUCUUACCUAGAAGACGAUCUCAGAAACAACGAUCUUCUAAAAAUAAAAAUCAUUAGAUAGUGUGACUAUUCUGUGUAACUCUGGGAUUGAAAAUGGUACUCUAGUCAGGAAGUGUAAUAUGAAAUAGAGGUCUGUGACAUGAACUUGAAGCUGGUACAUGUUUUAAAUAUGAAAAAUAUCGAUUAGGUGUACCUAUUUUUCGUUAAUGUUUUUGUAAAGGGGAAAGUUUUGAAAUAGAAGCCCUGGUUAAGACUGAUAUUAUUCUAUAUAACGGAGACCUUGUUAAAUUCUUAGACAAAAUCAUUUGCUAUUGAACUCAUUGUGUAAUGCAGUUGACAAGAUUUUGAAACAAGAAAUUCAUUUAAAGAUCAAGUGAGAUAAAGGUCAAUGUUGUUUGACCACAAUGAGGAUAUUUUAUUUGAGUGAUCAAGGAUGUGGUUAAUUUUAUAUAUACAUGUUGGGCUGUACGAUAUUGCAAAAAGGGACGAUAUCGAUAUUGGCAUUUUUUUCAACGAUAUAGUUAAAUAUCGCGAUAUUUAAUAAUAAUGUCACUCUGCUAUUAAAUAAAUUAAAUAUAAAUGCAUUAAAGCUGACUACAGUGUGAGUAAGACUUGUGGGUAAGAAUUGCUUUAUUCAUACACUUUAAACUUUGCUUUUUUUAUAAUAUAGAUUUAUUAAAAUGAACAAAACAACAUCCUUUUUGGAUAAAAAUUAAAUACAACCGCUGAUGUUUAAAAAGCGUCUGCUUGUGACCUUGUAUAAGAAAAUUCUCAAAUAUCACCUGCAGCGGAAGUACGUAGGUGCAAUUUCAAGUCUUGUAUUGUAAGUUCAAACAGUUUAACAAAUACUAAAUGAUCUGGACUAUCUUCCAUUCAAGUAUUCGAUUGGCUGCGGUAUUUGUGGCCUAACAGUGACAGUAAUCUAUUUAUAGAUCGUUUUAUUCUUGCUUUCAGAAAUUAAGUUUUGUAGAGUUUUCUAAAAAUAUUUGUUUUUUUAAAAAUAUGACAACCUAUUUAUAGCCUGGUAAUUAGCCGCGGUAGUGGGAAAUUUCAGGCGUUUAGUAGGCAUAAGCUUUACAUGUAGUAACAACUGACAAUUUAUUGUGGACUAAAAACAAAGUAAAAGUAACGCAUACACGAUGCAGUGAAAAACGGCUGCGGACACUGCGCAAGUGUUUUCAACAUUUAAUGAUUCUCAAAACAUUAGUUUUAUUAUAGUUAUUUGCCGUCGGCUAAUUUCCACUGCUGUAUAGUGUAUUUAUUAUCUAUUUUUAUGAUAAUUUUUUUCGAUAUUUGAAGUUUUUGGCGAUAUUCGAUAAACCACUAUAUCGAUGAUUUUUGGACAUGAUAUCGUAGUUGGGUCUGAAAAUACCAUAUCACGAUAAAUGACUAUAUCGAGAAUAUUGUACAGCCCUAACGUGACAUGGUUAUUGUUAAUCUAUAUUUUUCUUUUUUUCACCUUGUCAAUGCAUGGUAUAUGACUGAUAUCGUGAUUGUUUUAAGGUACCAGUAACUCUUAUAUAAGCUUAUCUUGUAGCCUCUAAAAGAGCCAGCUAAUACAUUCGUGGUAUUAAGCCUUAUGCCUAAAUAUAUUAACACUGAGGAGAUUUACUGUUGUUUAUAUUUUAUUAUUUAUUAAGCAUGUAGAUUAUAAUUGUAUUUUAUGAUAUAUUAUUACUACUAUAAUAUAAGUAUAGAUUGCC